AUGAGGAAGGUCAUUAACUGGUGCGCCUUCAUUAUCCUGGGCACAUCCAUCCCACUGGGCCUGUCUGCCCUUAGCCUGUGCUACCUCAAUGUAGACAAGGAGAAGAACCAAGUACACUCCUAUAACAAUGAGUACCGGCGGAAGCAGAGGGAACUCCUUAAGUCGCAGCAGGAGGAGAAAAGCUAA